UCUUGUUGUUUUCUGUCUCUCUCUCUCUUUCGUACUUCGCAAAAGCUGCUUUAUAAGAUAGCUGGUACCACCCGCUGCAGUCACUCGGAUUUCGUAUCCGUCAGCUAUUCCUGAAGACAAAGAGUUGAGGAACCUCGCGGCAAAGCCCAUCACGACAGGCAAGAUGGUCAACUCAAAGGGCGUGGUGUACUCAGUGGUCGUGGUAGUCUGCAUGGUCAUGGUGUACAGCGUCCUACCGGUGGUCCAGGGAAAGGCCGUCGCCAAGGCUAGCGAGGGCCCGAGUGGCUUCGACUUCACUCAUUUCUUGAUGCCGCCGCUUCCAAGCGAGGACUGCGUCGGCGUCGUGUCGGCCCCGGGUGGUGGCUCCACCUUGGUCCCCGACCCCAACGACUGUACGAAGUACUCCGUGUGCACGGACACCUUCAGCACCAAGAUCACCUGCCCACCGGGACAGCACUUCAGCGUGGUCGACAACAGGUGCACGGCCCCGGAGGAUGCCGGUUGUGAUCCCGCCUUCGCUGCCACCGCUGCUGCUGCUCCUGCUGAUGCCACCGAAGCAGCCGUCGACGUAGAAGCGGAGUCAGCUGCCUCCGAGGUCUGAGAAGUCCGGUCCACUCUUGACCCUGUCUGCGGAGGACAAGUGUGGCGCUCGCUGUAGUAAACGGAGACGUUGUUCCCGCUAGCUCGUCCGCGGUCCCUGCGAAAUAAAUAUUUGAAGGUCGCUGUGAGAAACGGAUAGAUUCGAACCCCCGUCAAAAAAUAAACCUACAAUAAGUAAGUGCACCUAAUAAAGUACGAUAAGACAGUGCGA